ACCAGGGUUUCUGCCAAGAAUAAUACAAGAAAAAGAUUUGUUGGAAUUAAGUCACUCGUGGGGAAGAAGUCGGAUACGCUUGCAGGUAUUUUUUUAGUUAAACAGUGAAGGUAACUAUUUGAAAUCACGGUAUGUGUACAAACGUGUACGUGUAUAAUGUCAGGUCAACGUGUCUAUAACGUAACUGUAGAGGCCUCUGGCACAUUAUACAGAACAAGGCUGUGCCCUAAGAAAAAUUGAAGGGAGCCCAGUGCUCUGAACCUGUGAAAUCCAGGGUGGCCAGUAUAUGAUUUCUAUGAAAAGUCUAAGAGUUUUUAGUCACCCGAGAGCAUUGCUAGAGCACAGCCAUGCAGAGUAUGAGGGGGUAUUUACAUGAGAAAACUCGCACCGGCGCGUGGUGGCUACUAGCAUUUCUCCUUUCGUUACCACCACUACAAAAUUUUCAUGUUGUUAUUCCAACAAAAAAAUGUCUCCUUUUUUUUCUCUCUCGCUCUAGAUCUCUGCUGCUUUUUUUCUCAUUGAGCUUCGCUGGCCUGCCGCUUACUUUGUCUUCUUUUGGGCUGUUUUUCUCUUGCUCUUUAUUUCAAAGUUGUGGACUUGACAAUUAAUCUAAGCUUAAUACUUUAGACAACUCGGAUACAGAAACAAUUUCCGCUUUCCGUUUUCGUCUUUCUUGACUCUUUAUGUAUCGGUCAAAUCGAAGCUUCAACAUGCCCCCCCCGGGCAUACCUUGGGGCAUUUGACACCUUUGCCGUCCCGGGGAGGAGGGAAUUUGAUUAUCAGAGUCUUCCAGGGGGUGGGGAAUUUGACCCUUAUGCUUUAGGGGUGGGGAAUUUGAACUGCACCCUCGAUUUCAUGUAAUUGGCGUGGCGAGCUAUCAUGGGGGACGCGGUGUUAGAGGAUUUUCGUGGAAAAGAUUGUGCCUUUGUGGCCAAUUGGUUGUGAGGAAAGAGCUUAAACAAGCUUUGGGCCGUAUUUGAAGUAUUUAAAUUUUAAAUUUUUUAAUAUUGGAUUCAGGCUUUGUAUGUAUGAAUGUAUUUCAUUGUUGUGUUUACAACGAAAUACAAUACCUAUAUCGGCGAUUCAAUACAGCAACAUAAAAUAAAAUGAAAAGCUCAGGUCAACUACUUCGACCUACUGCAAGUAUGUUAAUUAAUACUGUGAACGAUGAUGCAUGUCAGUGAAAUGGUCAUGAUGUAGUACGGCUCAAGGAUGGGAUCAUUUUUUAUAGAACGCUUUGUAUGUUGCAUGACGAAGAAAAGCUGAGCAUUCAGUGACCUUGUAGCAGCGAUUUCCGCUGCUUUGCACGAGACUUUUGUUCGUAGUAAAUACGCUAACAGUGUUUCUCAGUUUUUGUUAUAUUUAUAACUAUUUUGUUCGACAACUGAAGGUGUUUCUGCCGUCCUUCUGUCAUUUUUGUGCUUGUGAAAUGUCCCCGGGGUGGGGGCAUUUGAUCACCUGAAUGGACUCUAGUGUGGGGCAUUUGAACGGCAUUUUGUCCAGGGUAGGGGGGAAUUUGAACAAUAAUUUUCAAAAAAGUCAAAUGCCCGGGGGGUUGCCCGGGGGGGGCAUGUUGAAGCUUCGAUUUGACCGAUACAUUAGUUGUCUCUGCUUUGCAAAAUGUGGGUGGCUAAGUGAUUUCUCAAUUUGCAUUCGGGUUGCUAUACCUGUUGAUUGAGUUAUUUUACAUUGGUAUGCCUGUGGUGUGGGUGGACGGUUGUCCGGUGGGUGUACGGUCAAGUGAAUACCAAAUUUUCUGGGAUAUUUAGAGUUUCUUACCCGUGGUGCUCCGCUGUGCGGGAGGUCUUCUGUUAGAUGGGUGUUGUGUUACGUAGGUUUGUGGGACUCCGAUGGACUGUUUGGUGGUUUUAAAAGCUUUUAUCUAUGGGGUGACUGGAAUGGGGUGCAAUUCUCAAAAGUAGUUCAACGUGGGGGCUGCACUCUUCUAUGAUGGCAAAAUAUAGGGGUUAAAUUUUUUCCCAUGUGCUUUCAUCCCUAAGGAGACUUUUAAUUAAAGCUACAUUAAUUGAUUUUAACACCCAAACACCAUAUUCUCACAAACUAAAAAUGUCCACAAGAAGUACUUUUAAAUGGGUAAUCCUUUUAAAUUCAGCAUCACAGGGCAUCCAGUAUUAGCUGUGGAGAGUUCCUGUGCUUUUUCCCUGUUGCUUCCUUAUUUUGAAAAGGCUAGAGAUUUUACCACAGGUUUACCAGGGAAACUGAUGGAGGGGUAACAGGGCAUAAAAGGUAGAGGAAGAGCGGUUCUUUCUUUGUAUGAGAGGUAUUUUGGGGGUUACAUUUUUGUGCCAUCUUACAGUUACUUAGAGGGUGGGGUUAAAUUUUUUGUUUGACUUCUUCAAAUCCUAAAUAACAAACCCCCAGCUUUAAUUAAAAGCACCUCUAAAAUAGAGAGAGCUCUUUACAGUUUUUUCACUGCACAACAGGUUUUUCUUGUUGAAAGUUUUUACUGCUAAGGGACAAAUGUAAUAUGCAUAUGCUUAACAAAACAUCUUUGACAUUUACAAAUGAGUUGUUCUUAUUUCUUUAUUGCAACUGGUCACACUUCAUCUUCAUGUCAUAAUUCAGAAAUUUGAUUUUACGUACAUAUACUGCAUUACUAACUUACAAAUUGAUAUUAAUAUUAUCCCAGUUUCUAUAGCAGUUCCUAAGUUGUAUUAUUUUUCUUAGUGAUAUAGGUAGACUUUCGGUCAAAAAACAAUGGGUUACUCCUGAACCACCUAAUCUAAGUUGUUACUUUCCUUUAAUAAGCUCAUUGCCAGGAAAUGUUUCAUUGAUUUUUUUUUCAGAGGUUGACACAAAUAUCAAGAGAGUCGUAAGGUAGAUUCCAGAGGAAAUAUUCUAAAUAAUGCAGAUUUGCAGGAUGCUAUUAGACAGGUGAAUAUUACUGGAAUACUCUAUUUAAGAAUACAUGUGUACACGCGUAAAUGCUUUUAAAUGGUACAAUCAAGACAUCAAACCAGAUACUGUAUUGAAUUUUGUGAUGUGUGGAGCAGUCCAGAAGUUGCAUUGUGUACCACUGUGUGAUGCUGCCUAAGAAAUUUUAUGUUUGAAUUUAUUAUUUUUGUUUUCUUCUAAUAUCCGAGUUGCAGGGCAAUAUUAUUAACUCUUGUUGUUGCCAGACACCAUUGGAACCAUCAGGGCUGUGCUCUAACAGUGCCUGAUGGCAUGAGUUUCUACCCCUACCUAAUGCUUACCUCUUUGCUUUAGUGUUACCUAUGCCUCAGAAUGAUUAUCGUAAGAAUUUAAUUUCCUAUAAAGCUUUCAGUUCUUUGCAACUCUCUAGACAACAACACAGGAGCCUCUGAGAAUACAGUAAAAGCCCGCAACUAAGAGCCUACAUUUUUAGGAGUUAGCCUAAACAGGUUCUUAUAUAAAUGGUAGUUAACAGAAUUUUAGGCUACUUAGGUUCUUAAAAUGGGUUCUUAAUCCUGGCGAAAAAAAAACAAUUAAAAAACAUCUGCAAACAAGUUGGUCAUUAGCCUAUACUUUUUAAAAGACAUUUUUACAACAAUGGCAAUCUGCCUUUUUUGCUUCAAAUAUGAUUCUUGCAAUGUAGCUGUAAUGCACUAGUUAAGCAAUAGAAAACGUUUUCCGUCUUUGCAUAGCCUGAUAUAAACACGAGAGGGGUUGGGAGAAUUCAAGACAGUUAUACAAACCCGAGACGAAGUCGAGGGUUUGCAUAACUGUCGAGAAUUCUCCCAAUCCCUCGAGUGUUUACAUGUUAUGCUUUUUUGCAAAUUGCUUUGCCAUCCCUGCAUGUGAAAUGGCCAAAUCGUUUGUUCACUUGAGAAUGGGAACAGGAAGACAAUAAAUUCUACCAUCUCUUUCUGAACUUGAAGGCAUUUCCCUCAGCUCCUCAGUUCCAACAUAAAUUCCCUUCUUUUAAGUAACUGAGCAACUUAGGACAAUCGCAAAAAAGCUUGCAAGGAUGCAAAGUCUAUUUUUCAUUGGCGUUUUCAUGGACAUUGCCAUCAUUGGAUCAUUAAGUCUGUAAUAUCCCUGACAUCAUAAAAUGCAGUUAAUGGCACAAAAUUUGUAAGGGGGCAAUUGGAUUGAAAUUUUUAGUGUGAUGAUUUAUUCUAUGAAUGAGCUCUAUUCUUUUAGCUCUAAAGAAAAAGAGGUUUCCAUGGCUAGAAGUAUCUUAAUGUAGUACAUGCUUGUCUACUAAUAAUUUGUAAAAUUUAACAUGUUAUGGAUUCGUCCUCUUUUCAAGUCAAGUCGGCAGGGUGCAAAGAAAGUCAUUUUUACAGCUUGCCAUUCGGGCAAGCUGAAGCUAGCAUACUAGCCCAAACAUUAUUUCAACUAGCCCCUAAAAUUCUUUGAUGAGCAGAAUUGAUUUCACAGUUCUUCUGUAACUUAAAUUCCUCAAAAUCCUUCACUAGCCUGUCAGGCAAGUUAAGAACAGAAUUCACUAGCCCAAUAGCAAAAUCCACUAGCCCCAGGCUAUCGGACACUACUUUCAUUGCACACUGCAAGUGACAUUAAAAACAGAAUUCACCAGCCUGAUAGCAAAAUCCCCUCGUCCUGGGCUAUCACAUGCAAAUUUCUUUGCACAUUAAAAAAUGGCAUUUCAAUGUUCUUUUGUGUUUUCUGCACUAAAACAUUGAAAAUAGUAAUCAACAGUGCAAUGAAUUAAUAAUUAUAGUUUGAUGUGAUCUUACACUGUAUCUCACUACCAUUUGUUCUUUUGUAUUGUUUUAGUGGCAUUACAGUUCCCAGAAGGACUUCUCAUGUUUGCUUGUACAAUAGCUGACAUCUUGGAAAGGUAUGGUUGACUUCCAUCAUUUUGCCCCCCAUUCUCGAUACACUUUUUAAAUUCUUGACACCAAAGAAAGGGGAGUAUUUUAGUAGGGUGGAGAUUUGCCAGCAACGGUGAAGCUGUGAAGAACCCUUGAAGUAGCCAGAUUUCUUUACUUGACUCCUUUUGCACAUUUAGAGAAAGUACCAGAAACAAAGUUUUCUUCUUGGAUUAUUCGUUUACCUUUGUCCCUGUUGCUCAACAAGUUUUGUUUCUUUGUGAAAGUCGCAUUAAUUUCCUUCAUUUGGAACUGUUACCUCCUCUAUUGCAUCAAUUUUUUGUUUUUCAUUAAAUUUACGUAAAUUUGAGUUGUGUUAAUUUCCAAUACCUUAAUUUCAUGGUGCGUUAAUUUCCUAUAAUAAAGUAUAAUCUUUAUUCAUGAAGGGCCUGUUUACAUGGAGGUGAGGGACUCCAGGUAAGUGAGGUAACCCGCUUAGGUGGGGUUACCUGCCUGUCCUUGUAAUCUCUCUUUUUAAUUUGAUCACGUUUACAUGAUAGGUGGGGUGACCCGCCAAGGUGGAUAGCCUGGUCUACCAGACCGGGUAACCCUCUCAGCUGGGGUCAAAUUUUGCCAUGUAAACGUUUCAAGGUGGGGUAACCCGCGUAGCCGGUCAGAUUUGUGAUUUGCGCAAAAUUCGCUUUUUGUAUACAAAAUUGUUAAUGGCCUCGCCCCGUUGUACCUGAGUAGUAAACUCAGUAAGCGAUCAGAUACACACCACUACAACACCAGGAAAAGGGACAAUCAAAAUCUCCCUCUAUGCAGAACAGUUACUGCGCAACGGUCUUUUUCAUAUCGCGCUGUAAGUGCCUGGAACUCUCUGACCGCAGACACUAGAAAUAGCCCGUCACUAUGUACCUUUAAGAGGAGCGUCAAAUGCGAAUCGCGGUUGCAGAACCCAUGCGUUAAAUAGUUGAUAUUUGAUUUAGUUUAGAUCUCCAAAGAGAUAACGUAAUGAUUAUUGUACACGCAUAGUUUAGGCUUUUAGUUUUUGUACCAAGAUUGUAAUUUUAUUAAUUUAAGCUUUUUCUUCUUAUCCCCUUCUUUUUAGCAUUUGUAAAUUUACUUCAGAAUAGCCCUUUGGGAGAGUUAAUAAAAAUUAUUGUAGUGUAUUGCGGUGGCUUUGCAUCUUUAUCCAAGGUAAAAAUAGAGAGCCACAGCACUGAAGGUUGCAGCAGGAGCAGCAAGUGAGUGUAGAAGAGUAAUAAUCGUCACCAAAACACGUGGUUUGCCGGUAUUUUUCUUGUUUACAGUAUAUGUGCUUAGCAAAAAUUCAAUAAUCUUGAAAAAGUGAACCCCCAGGAUGGAGGGGUUGUAAGAUUGCAUGUCAACGAGGGUUAUUUUUUUUACCCCACCUAAGCAGGUUACCUCACCUUCCUGGGGUCCCUCACCUCCAUGUAAACACUCGUUAAGUGGAUACAGGGGAUAGCUGCAUUCUGUGUUUCACAGUCAGUCUGUUAUUGUGUUUAGAUUCACAGAGUGUGAUACUGUUAUUAUGGGAGAUGUCACUUAUGGGGCUUGUUGUGUUGAUGACUUCACUGCUAGAGCUCUUGGCUGUGAUUUGAUGGUUCAUUAUGGCCACAGCUGUUUAGGUAAGGACCUGUAUAAUUAA